UAUUACCACUAAGUUACAAAGAUGUGUCUAACCUGACGUUAACGCCCCGAACGCAUCGCGUCAGCAAGGGGUGGAUCGCAAAUGGAUGGUGCAGAGAUCAAACCAAACUAGUUAAACAACAAGUUCAUUACCCUAGCAAGCUAGUUGAAUGUUGUGCUUAUUGUAGCCAGCUCUGGUUUUCCAGCUGUUGUUCAUACGGACAGAUAUUCUAUGCGCAGUGAGUUGUGAAUUGUGCCAGUAGGUCAACGUUAGGUAACGGGGGGAAAACGGGGAAAGAAUGAGUACCGUUACAUCUGAAGAAAGGAUCAUUUCUGUUAUUGGAAGUGGAUUGAUUGGGCGGUCUUGGGCCAUGGUGUUUCUUAGUGGAGGAUACAGGGUGAAGAUCUAUGACAACCAACCAGGACAGGCUAUGAAGGCUUUACAGGAAGUCAGGACACAGCUAGAGGAGCUCCAGCAGGCCCAGAUUCUGAGAGGAGAGCUGAGCGCAGCAGAACAGUUCUCUCUCCUCAGCAGCUAUGAUGACCUUUCCCAGGCACUAGAGGGCGCCUUCUUUGUCCAGGAGUGUGUGUUUGAGGAUCUGGAGGCCAAGCAGAGUGUGUUCCAGGCGGUGGAGAGUCAUGUGAGCGAGAGCGUGAUCAUCAGUAGCUCCACUUCCUGUCUGCUGCCUAGCAACAUCUUCUCCCGCCUCCAGAACAGGAAGCGCUGCAUCGUGUCCCACCCGGUGAAUCCUCCGUACUACGUGCGUCUGGUGGAGCUGGUGCCCCACCCGGAGACCACGCCCGAGGUGAUGCAGCGCAGCCACGCCCUGAUGAUCCGCGUGGGCCAAUCACCCGCCCGGCUGAGGAAGGAGGUGGACGGCUUCGCCCUCAAUCGCGUGCAGUACGCCGUUAUCGCCGAGGCCUGGAGGCUGGUCAAGGAAGGGAUCAUCUCGGUGCAGGACAUCGACCUGGUGAUGACGGAGGGACUGGGCAUGCGCUACGCUUUCAUCGGUCCCAUGGAAACCAUGCAUCUCAAUGCACCUGAAGGUCUGGGAGACUACCUGAAGCGCUACAGGGAGGGGAUGAGGAGGGUGCUUUCAUCCUUCGGACCCGUUCCUGAGUUCUCUGAGGAGGAAGCCAAGACCGUCGUCCAGGAAAUGUGUGACCUCAUUCCCAAUGACCAGCAGCACCUGUCAGCCAGGAGGGAGCGGCGGGAUCAGCUCCUGAUGGGUCUGGCCAAGCUGAAGAAAUGAGCGGGAUGGUGGAAUGUCUUAGGGGGAGAGAUUCCCGGGAUCGCUGGGCUCUGGAACCUGUCAUGUGGAAUUUCGAGUUCUGUAACAUUUUAGAAUUCCACGGGGUGUCUCGGUGGCGCAGCCUGCAGAGCACUGACCGCAUGCUCAUUGUGAGCCGCGACGUCAACGGUUCGAACCCGACCGUCUGACAAUUUGUCGCAUGUCUUUCCCUCUCUCGCCCCCAUUCUUCCUGUCUCUAUAUACUGUCCAAUAAAGCUGAAAAAGGCCUAAAAAAUAACCCAAAA